AUGGGUCUCCAUGGAGACGGCAAGGACCUGGCUCGGGGGCAGGCAGCCCAGGUGGGGCCGCGGCGCUCUGGGGGUCUCCGCGGCUGCGUUGCGGUGUUCAUUGCUGUGGCCGCCGUGUUCACCCUCACGCUGCCCCCGUCGGUGCCCGGGGGAGACUCGGGGGAACUGAUCACAGCCGCAUAUGAGCUUGGAGUUGCCCAUCCUCCUGGCUACCCUUUGUUCACUCUGAUUGCUAAACUGGCAAUUGUACUAUUACCUUUCGGUUCCGUUGCCUUCCGGGUCAAUCUCCUCUGUGGCUUAUUUGGAGCAAUAGCUGCCUCGUUACUUUUUUUCACCGUUUUCAGGCUUUCUGGCUCAUAUGCUGGAGGAAUCCUUGCUGCGGGGGUGUUUUCGUUUUCGCGUCUAACAUGGCAGUGGUCCAUUGCAGCAGAGGUUUUUAGCUUAAACAAUCUGUUUGUGGGGCUGCUCAUGGCUCUUACUGUACAUUUUGAGGAGGCAGCAACUGCAAAAGAGAGAUCAAAGAUUGCUAAAAUUGGUGCCUUCUGCUGUGGCCUUAGCAUAUGUAAUCAGCACACAAUAGUACUCUAUGUUCUGUGCAUAAUACCAUGGAUUCUCUUUCAACUUCUAAAAGAGAAGGAACUUUCUGCAGGCUGUGUGUUGAAGUUGAGUGUGUGCUUCAGUGCUGGUUUGCUACCCUAUCUCUACCUUCCCAUCUCCUCCUACCUCAAUCAAGCCCGUUGGACCUGGGGAGACCAGACAACAGUGCAAGGAUUUUUGACGCAUUUUCUCAGGGAAGAAUAUGGAACAUUCAGCCUGGCAAAAUCUGAAACGGGAUCCAGUAUGUCUAAGAUAUUGCUUUCUCAAGUAACAAACAUGAGGACAGAACUCUCAUUCAACAUUCAAGCCCUUGCAGUUUUGGCAAAUUUAUGUUUAGUAAGAAAGGACAAACAAAAUCCAUCAUUAGUAUGGCUUUUUACUGGAAUGUUUUGCAUUUAUUCAUUGUUCUUUGCUUGGAGGGCAAAUUUAGAUAUCUCAAAACCACUUUUCAUGGGUGUGGUAGAACGAUUCUGGAUGCAGAGCAAUGCGGUGGUGGCUGUCCUCGCUGGCGUCGGCCUGGCUGCACUAGUGUCUGAAACUAACCGAGUGCUGAAUAGCAGCAUCGACCUUCAGUGUUUGGAGUGGUUUUCAGCUAUGCUUUUUGUAACCUACCAGAUAUAUUCUAAUUACAGCAUUUGUGAUCAAAGGAACAAUUAUGUGAUCGAUACAUUUGCAAAGAACCUUCUAUCCUCUAUGCCUCAUGAUGCAAUUAUCUUACUGAGAGGAGACUUGCCAGGAAACUCUCUCCGUUACGUGCAUUACUGUGAGGGGCUGAGGCCAGAUAUUUCAUUAGUGGAUCAGGAAAUGAUGACUUACGAGUGGUAUUUGCCCAAGAUGGCAAAGCAUUUACCAGGUGUCAACUUUCCCGGGAAUCGGUGGAAUCCUGUGGAAGGAAUAUUACCUACUGGGAUGGUCACAUUUAAUCUUCAUCAUUUUCUUGAAAUAAAUAAACAAAAAGAAACAUUUGUUUGCAUAGGAAUUCAUGAAGGUGAUCCCACCUGGAAAAAGAAUUAUUCGCUUUGGCCAUGGGGCUCUUGUGACAAAUUAGUCUCUUCAGAGAUUGUUUUCAACCCUGAGGAAUGGAUUAACUUGACAAGAAACAUCUAUAACUGGACUGAAGACUAUGGACGGUUUGAUCCAUCUUCUUGGGAAUCUGUGGCCAAUGAAGAGAUGUGGCAAGCAAGGAUGAAAACUGCGUUCUUCAUCUUUAACCUGGCAGAAACUGCUACUAUGCCUUCAAAUGUGAAAACUCAACUCUACACGCAUGCAUAUAACCUUUAUAAGAAGCUUGUCUCCUCACAAAAGGAACACCCUGUGAAUUGGCACAAGAACUACGCCAUUUCCUGUGAGCGGCUGCUGCGUCUUGGGAAAAGGACUCCAGACCCUGAAGUCCUGCUUUCUGAGACCAUCCGACAUUUCCGUCUCUACACUCAGAAAGCACAGAAUGACCCCCAGUUAGCUGACAUUGCAGUUGCUCUGAAGCACCUCCGCAAAGAACUGCAAAGUCUGAGAAAUAGGAAAAAUGUCUGA